CUAAGAUUUGAAGCCAGAUGUCGAGAGACGGUGGAAGCACAGAGCAGGCUAGUGUGUGCCCAUAAUGACUCAGACCUGAAUAUCUGCAAUCCAGCCGACAGAAAAGUCAACAGGCUUAAUUAAAAAGAGUUUAUUGCCUCCCCUCUCUUCAUCAGUCCUUCCUCUCGGUCUAAUUAGAGGGAGUGGUUCGGUAAUGCGCCAGCCUCCAGCGCCCAAAGAGUUAAUUCGCCGAGCAGCCUGUUGUUGAGCGCACCAUCCAACGGGCUGUGUCGCUAGGGGAAGAUAGGCUACUUGUAGGGAAGCAACAGAUCCCCAGCUGGAAAACAACCCCACAUCUGGCACGAGCAGAUGAGCAUCUGCCACGGGGAGAAGUGGUGAAAUCUGCCUGCGCGUGAUUGACUGGACCACACCGCUGGACCACUCCGAGGCUUUCUCGUCAUGAGUGGAGAAGAGAAAAGUUGUCAGGUAUAGUUGUGCUUUUUUCUUUUUUUUCUUUUUGGCGCCGCGUAUUUUGGAGAAUUUGGACCCGAGUGUCACGCUAUUUGCGGCUCAGUGGUACAUCCAGUAGGCCCGGAGCGCCGUGCGUAAUGAGCCAAUAUUCUUUUAUUAUUGGCAGCACCCUCGUCUCCGUGGAUGGAAAAUAAGUACACCAUCUUUUUCAUUCGCGUUGAGGGGAAGCAUCUAGAGGCAUCAGUCUGAGUGACCUUGUGUUAUCUGUUAGACGAAGACAUCAGAAAACUCACAGUGAACCUGACCACCUGCGUUUUUGGAGCGGCUCCGGACUGAGUUUCGUUACAGGUGGUUUUCACUGAGCGCCUCACUUUGGCGCUGUCUGGACCAUUAUUCUUGGACAAAUGAGCCACACAGGUCGUUGUCUCUGGAACGGGGUCUGAAAUGAGGACGCACUUUGCGUUCAUUUUUUGAUUUUCUUUUUUUGCGUGUGCGAGAGGACACCGGUUUGAAACAGAGGGGCGAACAGCCAGAAGGUCUGCUUCUAAAUGAUUAGCUCGGUGUGCGUUUCGUCUUACCGAGGGCGCAAGUCAGGCAACAAACCUCCAUCAAAAUCAUGUCUGAAGGAGGAGAUGUUCAGAGGGGAAGACUCAGACAAAAUCAUCAUCAACGUGGGCGGCACUCGACAUGAGACCUACAAGAGCACCCUCAGGACCCUGCCGGGGACGCGCCUGGCAUGGCUGGCAGACCCGGACACGCAAGUCAGCACCGACUCGGACUCUGCGCCCCCGACCUCCACCGAGUUCUUCUUCGACAGGCACCCGGGCAUCUUCGCCUAUGUGCUCAACUAUUACCGGACCGGCAAGCUACACUGCCCGGCCGACGUCUGCGGGCCGCUCUUCGAGGAGGAGCUGGCGUUCUGGGGGAUAGACGAGACCGACGUGGAGCCGUGCUGCUGGAUGACCUACCGGCAGCACCGAGACGCGGAGGAGGCCUUGGAUAUAUUUGAACCGCCGGACCCGGACGACAACGACGACGACAUGCCGAGGCGGUUCGGCAUCGAGGACUGUCCGGACAGGUCGAGGGGAUGCUGUGAAGUUUGGCAGCCGAAGAUCUGGGCCCUGUUUGACGACCCUUACUCAUCCAGAGCAGCCAGGGGAGUUGCCUUCGCCUCACUUUUCUUCAUCCUGGUGUCCAUCACCACCUUCUGCCUGGAGACACAUGAGACGUUCAACGAGGUCUUGAACCGGACGAAGGAGACAGUCAAGGACAAUAAAACAGACACUGUGUACAUCACUGAGAUUGUGACCAAGCCAGUUCUCAUCAUAGUGGAGGGCAUCUGUGUCGUCUGGUUCACAUUUGAAUUCCUGGUGCGAAUCAUCACCUGCCCGGACAAAAUAUUCUUCAUCAAGAACACACUCAACAUCAUUGACUUUGUGGCCAUUCUGCCAUUCUACCUGGAGAUGGGCCUGAAGGGUCUGUCAUCCAAGGCUGCCACUGACGUGCUGGGGUUCCUCCGCGUGGUGCGGUUUGUCAGGAUACUCCGGAUCUUCAAGCUGACGCGGCAUUUUGUCGGCCUGCGUGUCUUGGGUCACACGCUCAGGGCCAGCGUCAAUGAAUUCCUCCUGCUCAUCAUCUUCUUAGCUCUAGGCGUCCUCAUCUUCGCCACCAUGAUCUACUACGCCGAGCGCAUCGGAGACCCCACAAUCUCCAACAAGACCCACUUCAGGAACAUCCCCAUCAGCUUCUGGUGGGCAGUGGUCACCAUGACGACGCUCGGCUACGGCGACAUGUAUCCGCAGACGACCGCCGGCAUGAUGGUGGGGGCGCUGUGCGCGCUGGCCGGCGUGUUGACCAUCGCUAUGCCGGUUCCCGUCAUCGUUAACAACUUUGGGAUGUACUACUCGUUGGCCAUGGCGAAGCAGAAGCUGCCGAAAAAGAAGAAGAAGCACAACCCGAACCCGGACGCUCCGACUGACUCGGUGUCGUUUGGGAAGUCUGAAACAAACUCACACAGAGACAGCACUCAGAGCGACACAUGCCCGCUGGCUGCAGAGGAAAGUGUCGCCAGGAACCGCUCAGACUCCAAGCAGAACGGGGAUGCAAAUGUGGCCCUUUCAGAGGAGGAAGGCUGCAGCCUGACCCAGCCGCUGUCCCCCAGUGAAAAGUGGUCCCUGCGGUGCUCUAGAGGUCGAGACAAGAAUAAGAAAGAGGGCACCUGCUUCCUGCUCACUGCUGGAGACCCCAACGUCCAUCCUGAGAGCUGUAAAGACAUCCUCGCCGCCACUGGAAACUACGCUCAACCAGAGGUCACCACUCUGACCUGAUGCUGAUUGGCUUUGAAAUGCAGAAGGAGUCUGAAUUUCAGGGGUCGGAGGCGUACAUUUUAUGGUCUCUGCGUUCUUUUCCUUCCUGAAUGAAUUGCUGACCGGACUCUUUAAAAUCACAAUAUACCUUUUUUUUCUUUUUUGCGCGUGUCUUUUUUUUUGUUGUUGUUGUUGUCGUCCAAAACACUGUUGUAGCCCAUGUGUCGUGUGGCAGGUUGAUCAUAUGUACGCUCAUUUACAUGUUACAGGGCAGUUUGCAUGUAUUGCAUGAUCAAGCAUUGUGUAAUGUACUACAAAAAAAAAAA